AUGGAUACCCUCUUGACUGCCGAGAUCGCGGUUAAUGCACCACGAUAUAGGCGCAAGAGCUCGACUUUCAUCGAUGGCAUCCACGAUGUUCCCGAGGAGCAGGGCAAUCUGGCACCCGCCCAGCUUUACAGCACCAUGUCUGGAAGGCUGUUCCACUCCGGCAGGAUCGCAAUUGUGAUGGUUGGCCUCCCGGCUCGGGGAAAGACUCACAUCUGUGUUUCCAUGGCUCGUUAUCUCUCGUGGCUUGGGGUCAAAACCCGCAUCUUCCACCUCGGGGACUACCGCCGCGCGACGGUCGAGGGCGGCCACGUUCCGCAGGAUUAUUUCUUCCCAAAUGCCUCUCCGUCCUCAGUCAUGCUCCGCCAGAAGAUUCUUAAGAAGUGUCGGGACGAUGUGUAUGCGUGGCUGAACCAUGAGAAUGGCCAAGUCGCCAUUUACGAUGCCGUCAAUCCCACGGCGAAUGGCCGCCUUGUUUUGGCGAAGGAAUUUGCCAAACACGAUGUACAGACAUUGUUCAUUGAGUCGUACGUUGACGACCAGGAAAUUCUUAAGGAGAAUGCCCGGAACGUCAAGAUCUCAUCCCCAGAUUUUUAUGGAAUGGAUCCCGACGAGGCGGCCAAACACUAUCUCAAGCGAAUCGAAACCAAGAUCCCUGUGUUCGAAACGAUGAAUGAGGCAGAGUUGAAUUAUGUCAAGAUGAUCAACGCGGGCCGAGCGUUUUACUACAACAACGUCAGCUUCAACUACUUGUCGCAUAGAAUUGUCUUCUACCUGACCAACCUACACAUCAAGUCUCGGACGACCUUUUUCGUCCGGGCCGGCCCGGCGACCGACGAGGAUUCGUACAAGGCCGACGCGCCACUUUCUGAGGAAGGCAAGGUUUAUGCGGAAAAGAUGACGGAAACCCUGCUCCGGCACCGAGAACAGGAGCGCCAGACGGCUAAUGAACAGGGCGGGACCGAUAUUCCGCUUCGGCCGCUGACUGUGUGGACGUCCACCCGGCUGCGCACCGUCCAGACGAGCGAGCCUCUCAAGGAAGCCGGGUACCGGGUCCGACAACGGUCCCAGAUGAGUCAAAUCAACCCAGGCGUGUGUGAGAAGCUCUCGGAGCGCGCGAUUCGUUCUAUGUAUCCAGAAGAGGUCGAGAAGCACGAGCUGGAUCCUUACCACCACCGGUAUCCACGUGCAGAGUCCUACCACGACCUCGCAGUCCGUCUCGAGCCCAUCAUCCUUGAGCUCGAGCGCGAGCAAAACGACCUACUGAUCAUCGCUCAUGAGAGCGUGCUGCGCGUUCUCUACUCGUAUCUCAUGCAUUGCAGUACUAUGGACAUUCCGAAACUCAAGUUCCCCCGCGACGAGAUCAUUGAGAUUAUCCCCGCCGCAUACCAGAAUGAGGCGAAGCGUGUCCAUAUCCCUGGGUUGGAUCCGAGGACGAUCCCCGGGUCGCCAGAAGACAUCCGGAUUUAUGUUCCACACGAUAACAACGCCAACAUCCCCCCGAUUCCGGGCAUGAGCAGCCCGGAACCAGCAGAGGUACCGAUUGCCUCGCGACCUCCGGAAAAGAUCCCGAACAUGGCUAAGGACAUGGUGUCGGACAAGGUGGCCGAUGAGGAUUGA